UCCAACGCCCUUCACUAAAAUGAAGCGGUGUGCCAUGAAAACGUAUGGUAGAUCAUCUGAAUCUGCUUCAAGUCGUGCCUUUGAUGAUAUAAUACAUAACAAAAAUAAUAAAAGCUUAACAGUAAAAGCAUCGCCUCUUAUUCAAAAAUGGGGAAAAACUUCCUUCACAGCAGUACGUGGACGAAGAGAAAGAGAUCCAGAGGCAAAAAUUGCCAGAGAUAGAGAAAUGGAAGUAUCUAAAAGAACUCGUUUUGAUGACGAUAUUUCCGAUGACCCUUUUAGCUUUGAAUCUGAAGACUUAAAAGGAACAAGCCGUAGUUCCAUAACUAUGGUACCUCUGCAUUCAAAUGCAUCACAGAAAAAUAUUAUUGUCACAGCUCCUGCUGUUGGCAUUGUAACCAAGAAGAAUUUCAAUGAGUACAAUAUUGAUCCUGCGGCAGUAAAACCAUUGCCUAACACAGAUCCUGAUAAAGUAUUGUACAGGUCAGCUAAAACCUAUUCUGUAAGUCCGACUAAACGAACUGAUAACAUGCGUCAAUCUACAAUAGACCAAUUUACUAAUUUGCACAAUAGUCCACAAGAACGACUCUCUUUGGAUUCUUCUCCUCAGAAAAUGACCAUCAAGGUCAGUGAUUAUUCAUACUCACAGAAAUUCUUCCUUUCUCCAAAUAACUCUGGUGUUUCUACCCAACAUUCCAACAGUCCAGAACCUUCAUCUUGCAUCACAUUGAGUGCUCAAUCUUCUCCUGAGAAACUGAUAUCUGUUUUAAGCAAUUUGCCUCCAUCUGAAGAGAAUACUGAUGAUGACAGUUAUAAAUUUAAACGGAAACCUAUAUUCCGCACAUACACAAAUCAUAAACUGCCUGUGUCUGUUGUUCCAACCAGCUCUCCUUCUAAACAUAUGGUAAAAUCAACAACUAAGACUAAAGCACCCAUCAGUGCCCAUGCAUCUAAUACUGUUUUAUGUGACACUCAAGACAGUUUCACAAACAGUACGGUCAUCUCUCGGAGUGAAGUGAAAAAUAAACGUGGCACAACCAUAAUAUUUCUAUGUAAGCCAAAAGGAAUGGACAAUAUCAAAAGUUUAAAGAAAACUCCGAGGGAAACUGCCAGCGAGUUAUUUGAUAAGAUUAUUAAAAAGAAAUCAGUGAAUGUAAGUGAAGAGAAGCAACCAAAUAUCAUUUCUCCAAGCAGCCCUGUUUUUUCAGAAAGUAGUGAUGAAGGGCCACCUCCACUUUCUCCUGAAGAAGUACGAAAAGGCUUAGAUGAAAUUGAGAAAGGUGGAUCAUCCCAGUUGAAUUUUGCUGAGGUUGAUGUUGAGAUGUUCAAUGAUCAUUCCGAUGAAGAAUCUAUAAAAUUGUUUUCACUGGACGACAAAGAUGAUUCUACGGGAUCUGAUGGGCCCAGCAAGAAAGAAGUUAAUUCUACCAAUGUGUUAAAGCACAAUGAAUAUGAUGAUCUGUUUAAAUUAGAUGAAGAUGAUGACUUUGAUUUUAUGAAUGACUCAUGUAAUUCUGUGUCGAACAGUAAUGAUCGUGACUCUCCUAAUGCAGAUAUUUUUGAUCUUGAUGAUGAUACUUAUGACAAAUCAUUAACUAUGAAAACAGCUAAAACUUACACCCGUCAGACAACAAAAGAAAAACCAACUGAAAGGAAAAUAUUUAAGUCUAAAAAUACUAGAUAUUCUAUCUCUGGAUCUGGUCAAACUAAAUUAUUGAGUAAAAGCCCAAAGAAGUCUCCAUCAAAAGCUGUAUAUAAUGCACGGUCUUGGGUGAUGGAUAUGGAUGAAGAUAUUGGUCAAAAAGGUGAUGAAGGACCAAGUUCUGCACGGCCUGGUAAACCAACUUCUGCUCCAUCAAAUAACAGCAGUUCCCAGAGCAGCACUGCCAAAACAUCUACAGAUAAAACUGUUUCCAAAUCUGGCACAGAGGUCCCUGCUAAUGUGGUCAUACCUAAACUUACUCGGAAAGUGCACUGGCCAUGCCGUGUUGGUGAUGAAGCAUUUACCUCCUUGAAAGUCAGUAAAGAACAUAAAGAGCUAUUCACGGUUGUACGGAAUGUAAAAGAGGCUCAUGAAGUUCAAGAAUCUGGUGAGACGCAAGAAUUUAUGGAUGAUGUAGAAUAUUUGUUGGCUGGUCUUGGUGAUACACAGCCUAUGUCCACCCGGUGUCUAAGCGCAUUUGGAAUUGCUUCCAAAUGUACUAUGCCUGCAUUUCGGAUGCAUUUACGAGCCCAUGGAUGUAUCACUAAAAUAUUCACUGCUUUGCACGAUGCCUCUUCCAAUCCUAGUUUAGCAUUGAGCACAGCAACCCUAAUGUUUAUGUUAAUGCGUGACCGACUCAGCUACGAUGUUGGCCAGGACACACUUAGUCUUAUUGUGCAGUUACUGGAAAUGGAGAGUGACAGUGAUUUAGACAACACUGAAUAUGUCCGGAUGAAAGAUAAAGUGAUGGAAUUGUACAAAGAAUGUCAUAAAAUAGGAAUGGCCAAACAAAUUGAUCUCGAGUCUAUAUCAACGGGUAAUUUGGCAAUGGAAUCAUUGUUGACUAUAGCUGCAUCUCGUAAUGCAUCAGAUGUCUUCAAGAAUGAGCUACGAUCCCUUGGAGCUCUCGACCAUAUUGUUAAUGCUGUGUGUUCUUGUGUAGAGUCAUUAGAAUCCCACUACAUAAAUACCAUGGACCAUGCACACAGAAGGAAGUUAGAAAAAGUUGACAGAUGCCUUAGGGUUCUGGAAAGUGUAACUGUUACUAAUAUUGAAAAUCAAAGUUUUCUGAUCUCAUACAAACAAUGUGCACUUGUGAAUUCACUCAACACAACUUUGCGGCAUUGUCAGAGUACGAUUUCUAACUUUCCUUUGCGGGAUGAUCCUGAUCGACCGAGUGAAAGUUCAUUGGAUAAGGAGUCCAAUGGCUGGAUUAUCUUCAGUUGCAUGCUGGCCAUUUUACGUGUUCUGCUCAACUUAACACACGAAAAUGAUUAUGGCUGCACUAAAAUUGGUUCCCAGAGAGGUCUUAUUCAAACAGUUUUUGACUGUAUUCUUCAAGUACCUCAGUACACCUUGAUGUGCAAACAGUUUGACUUAUUAGUUUUGAGUCUUGGUUUGUUGAUCAAUCUUGUGGAACAUUGCGUGGUCAAUCGGCGUCUUCUAAUUACCAUGGAAACACUUCGACCUCCAGAGUGUUCGAUUCCAUCAGAGAAACUUGGUGCUGUUGAAGCUUUGGUUGAUUUAUUUUGUCGAAAAGAACUUGCUGCUCGUGAAAUGGAAGCACAAGAAGAAGAAGAAGGCUCCAAUACUGAGGGCUCUUCUCCCAACAAGAGUGGCAACUGGCAUGAGUCAGACUCAUGUUUGCAAUGGAUUGUGGGUACGAAACGAAAGGAAGCUGAGAAGCAAAAUGAGCAGAAACAUAAUGGAGAAGAUGAAUCACAUAUUGAUGCUACAGAUGCUGAAGAGAAAUUCACAAAAGCCUUACACGAAGCCGGAAAACAUAUGGAAAACAGCUUUGUUGCAGCCUAUGUUGCCUUGUUAAUUGGUUGCCUUAUCCAAGACAACCGGAGCAAUGUUGAGAAAGUGAAGGAAUAUCUUCCAAAUGGUUUUGAGCCAAUGAUAAGAAUUUUGAAGAAGUUUUUAGGUUUCAUGAAUCUUACGAGUGCUUCUGGUGGAUCAGGAAGUCGUUCAAUUGCUCGAGUCAUCGAGACUCUGGAAGCUUGUUAAAUAAAUCUGCAGUGAUUUCUGCUUUUGUAUUUUACUGAAAUCCCACCCUUGUUCCUCUGCUCUUCUCUCUCUCUCUCUCUCUCUCUCUCUCUCUCUCUCUCUCUUUCUCUCUCUCUCAUUUUCUCAAUUAUGCUAUUCUUUUUAGCCAUGCCAAGAGUCCAUUGAUUUCUCAUCAUCAUUCAUUGUACCACAUCAAGUCUCCAACAUGUUGCCUCAUUCAGUAAGUGCUUCGCAGAGAUUGCUUAGAAAAUCUUGUCGCACCAUCAAGAAUAUAGUCCCCACCCCCUCCCCCACAUUUCUUCUUCUUCUUCUCUCUCUCUCUCUCUCUUUCGCUCUCUCUAAAUUUUGCUUUAGUUUCAAACUUUCCUCUUCUCCCUAUCUUAAUGCCUCCCUCUUCUCCCUCUUUCUCUCUCCUCUAAGUGAUGUAUGAGUACUAAUUUUACUCUACAAUACAUAGAAAUUGAUUUAGAUGAUUGGGUUGAAGACAAUGUUAAUAGUGCAGCUAUUAUGGUGGCCCAUACCUGGGCAAUCAGUAUGGAAAAUCUAUGAUGAAGACCACUGCAUCAAUCAAUCAAUUCAAUUGUCUAUUUUGUUUUCAAAACAAAAGAAAUGUUUAUUUUCUCAUAUGGACAGAAAAAGAAAACUGUAUACACAAAAAGUGGAAAGAUGAUUUAUAAUUUUGACUUUGGGUAUAAUGUGGGCUAACAAUACAGUAGAAUAGGACAACAACAUGUUCAAUUUAUAUAACAGGGUAAUAGCAUGUUGUGGUAUUGUACAACAGGGUAACAAAAUGUCAUAU